GGACGGACGAAAAGCUAAAUCGAUAAUCAAUUUAGCCGACUAUAAAGACCAGAAUGACACCACUCAGUUGUGUAAGUUGUUGUUCAACAGGUUGUCAGUUCAACAACAACCUUCACCGAGUUAUGAAGUCACCGUGUCUUUUGGUGGCUCUAGCUGUUGCCAGUUACACGACUUCUCAUUGCUUGUGUGCUAUCGCUGAUAAUGGACCCACCCUGCCUCCAAUACCAGAUCUUCAAAACUUAGCCAAGGCCAUAUCAUUUUUCUCUAUGGACCUGCACACAGUUCUGAGGGAGACAAGAGACAGCUUUUUCUUUUCGCCAGUCAGCAUUCACCUGGCUUUGUCAAUGGCGAUUGUUGGAGCAAAGGGCGCAACCUCUAAAGAAUUGAAGAUAACUUUAGAGGUGAGUUUGUAUUGUUGUAGCUUGUGUGGCAGUUUCUAUUGUUAUAUUUGGUUGGGGGCAGUUUCUAUUGUUAUAGUUUGGGUGGCCAGUUUCUAUUGUUAUAGUUUAGAGGGCCGUUUCUAUCGUUAUAGCUUGGGUGGCCAGUUUCUAUUGUUAUAGUUUGGGUGGCCAGUUUCUAAUUCAUAGUUUUGUUGGCCGAGGGUUCUAUACCGAGUCAAUUCAAAAACGCCGGCGGUCAGGAGCGAUAAGCCUAGACAAUCAAAAACAUCACCAAGCACCCCCGGGUGGAUGGAACUCGUUAAAUUUGGAUCGUAACUCAUCCAAGACAAGGCGGGCUCUGAAUACAAACCUGGAGAUGGAGUCACGUAUGUGGAUACCUUUGACACAAUGAAUAUUCCAGCAACUCCUGUUACGCCAAUGAUUACAAGCUGUUUCUUAAAAAAACAAAAACAAAAAACAACAUAUUCCCUUGGGUUGAUAUUCAGGUGCGUGCAGAGAGGCGAUUUGCUGUCUAGGGAACACGCUUACCUAUUUAAGAAAAUCCAAGACCUUGUUAUUUCGUCUGUCCUUCAAAUUAUAGGAGCCUUACGAACUUAUUUUUUUGGCUUGGGUGAUGAUUCCUCUCAUUGGUCCAUACAUUCUGAGGCAUUUUACAUCGUGUCCCCACAAAAACAUUCCCGGGAGCUUUCAAUUAAAAAUAAAUGAGCGCUGACUAACCUCACAUAUCUAUUGAUAUACAAAACAAGGUAUUCAAAAACAUUUUUUCACCAAAUCGAACACUGAAAAAACAUGGACCUUCCUUUAACAAGAAGGGACGUGACCCAAGUUUUGAGAGCCGCUGCUUUAUAGGGGAGGGAACGUCGUGGUCAAUGUUUAUGUGUGUCUUUGACAUCCGGAUGUGGGCGCAAAUACGUUUUGAGGAGACGCUUAUCUGUUGAGAUAAAUAAACUCUAAGUCGACAGUGCAGUGACAGAUAAGUUCAUAAGGUUUAAUUAAAACAGAUUAGAUAACAUAUUUUGUACGACACAAACCUUAACAACAAAGUUAUUCAUAUAAAUCCUUUAUUUGCAAGCGCAUAGCAACAUCUACACAAUUUAAUCUCCACACCACAACACGAUUGAACAAAUCAAACUUCAUUCAUUCUCAACCUGAAAAGCGGUAAAAACUGUUUUUUUAGGGUUUUGAAGCUGGAAAUUUGUCUGAAUGUAGUGCCAUCCGCAAAGAAUCUGUGUGACCAGUUUCAGGUCGAUAGGAUGACGGGAAGUCGGUCUUUCGAAUAUUUUCCCUUAUACACUGAAACACUCGAACACAAGCGACGUUAAUAUAAAGGAUUUGAAAGUAGGCUUUACUUUAAAACGUACUAAUUUAUUUCCGUUAAAUUCACCUUAUCGUUCCACCAUACCACCCAAAAAAAAUAAAAAUAAUAAUAAUAAACAUUUACGUUGCCUAGGUGACGGCAGCCACACAUCCUUUGAAAACUAACAAAGCUCGUUUUUUUUCUUCUGUAAAAUAAUGAUCAAAAUAUUUCUAAGACGUUGCGGCCCAAAAACAAGUGGAAUAACUCUACUUUGAUCAAAACAACCGCAAGAGAGUUGCUGUAGAAAACAAAAAUAUUCUCGAAUAAAUUGCUUUAAGGAUUCUAUUAUAAAGUGACUAUCUUCCCCCGGGACAUUCUCAAUUUUAUAUGACAAAAUAUACUCUGUAUUAUCAAAUUAAGAGUUGGUUUAUGGAUUUCUUAAUUUAGUUUUUAAAUUUCUCAUACAUCUACAAUGGGUAGUGUGGAAGUAAUGUCUUCUAAAAUCACAUUUUAAACAGAUACAUUUGCAUUUUAAAUUUAAAAAAAAAUUUUUUUUUUUUAAAUUACAAAAAAUGUAUAAUUUUCAUUGAAAACUAUUUUGAUAAAAGCUUUUUAUUGUUUAGAAAAUGUACAAGGAAAACGGUUUUACUUUCGGUUCCGGUAUUCGCUGAAGCAGACCAUUCCCCCGUGACAUUUAAUUUGGCAACGCUCUGGGAAAUAGUGAAACAAAAUAUGUUAUGUUUUGAAAUAAAAAGACAACCCAAGUGCUGAUUGAUCCAAACGAAAGUGACUGUCUGAUUUCGGCCAAGACCGAAACCGUGCCGUAAUUUUAAAAAAAUGACUUUAGCCUGUAACAGAAACUAGGCCGAAAGGGAUCGAAUGACAAGCCAAAGCCGAAAUUCUGUCGAUUUCUACUCCAGACACGCAGAAAGAGAUCGUGAUAAAGAGAAUUACCCGGAGAAGAAAGAAUUCCGUGAAACGAGAAACAGGUAACAAAGCAUUCUGGAUAUUUCUAAAGCAGUUUUUAUUUUAUGUUUGGUGUUUUUUUUUGUUUGUUUUAUAGGUUAGCAAAAUCAGAAACCUUAACGAGCAGUACAAAGGAUGGCUUGCUUGGGCCCCCGACAACUGCAAUCUCGGCAAGGACUGCGAGAUUCAACUCAACAAAACUUAUUUGAUAAAUCCGGACAUAUCCGUGGACGAGAAAUUUACGGUGGGUUGACAACUAAAUUAGUGUUAUUAUUGAUACUUUUAAAGUCCAGAAUAAAGACAAAGCUGCUUGGAAAAGUUGAUAUCGGAAGGGGUGAGUAUUUAUAUAUUUAUUUAUAUUUAUUUGAUAAAUCCGGACAUAUCCGUGGACGAGAAAUUUACGGUGGGUUGACAACUAAAUUAGUAUUAUUAUUGAUAAUUUUUAAAGUCUAGAAUAAAGACAAAGCUGCUUGGAAAAGUUGAUAUCGGAAGGGGGUGGGUAUUUAUAUAUUUAUUUAUUUAUUAAUUGUUUGUUUGCAUGGCCACAAUUUAGAGAUUCCUUUAAAAUGAGAACGGAUCAAAGUAAGAACUGUUCUAGCAAAGAAUUUAUAAAAUUAAAAAAAAUUUCAAACUAAGAACUGUCCCACAUAAAAUAAUUGGUCGCAGGGAGUACUGAUCAAACUGACAACUGGCCAAACUGAGAAAUUGUCCAAAAUGAGAUAUUACCUGCUCAAGCCAAAAAAAAAAAAAAAAAAAAUUUAAAAAUUAAAAACAAAAAAAAAAGAAAAACCAACAAAAAGAAAAAAUAACUGCUUAAACCAAAAAAAAAAAAAAAAACAAUUUCAAAAUUGAUACGUAACAAGAAAAUAAGACCCUGUAAUGAAAUCUGUAAAAUGAACUGGUCAAAAUUGGGAUAAAUCAAUAUAAAUUUUAGUCAAAAAGUUUUUUUUUAAAUGCAGCUUUUUUCAACGGGUGGUCGGCUGGCUCCAGCCAAAGUUCCUGCCGGCGGCCCGUACAAUUAAAAAAAAAUAACGGCCAAAAUCACCUUAGAACAAAUCUGACAGAACGGGCAUUUAGCGGUAACUGGUCGUUCUUUUUUUUUUUUUUGUCCACUUAAUUCCUCUUUCUCUUGCUUUUUUUUUUUUUUUUUUUUUUUUUUUUUCCCUUUAUUCCUCUUUCUUUUUUUUUUUUUUUUUUUUUUUUUUUCGUCUGAUCGCGUAGCGUUUGAAUUUAAUGCAGAUGUUUUUAACGCGACCAUAGUCGAAACUGUUUAAGAAGAGAAACUUGAGACCAUAGCACAGCAAACGGCCGGGCUAAAGCUCAGGAUGAUGAUGAUUAGUUACUUGUAUAGAACUUGUUUUCAUGCCAGUUUAGCAAUCCUUACAAAGCGCUUAUGUCAUAAAAUCUAUUGAAAGAAAAAGGCCUUUACACAAGUCUUAAAUGAAUUUUUAUCGUUUCCGAUUGCCCUCAAAGAUUGAGGCAAACCGUUUCAAUAGCUUCAAAAGAGCGCAUUUCGUAUGAAUUCUUUCGGUGUCAAACCACACUGGGAACUGUCAGUAGGGACUAUGUUGAAGAGCGCAGGUUCUGUAUGGAUACAUGAUUAGAAAUCAGUUUUUGAAGAAAUAAAUUUGCAGAACCUUCUAUACAGCUGUACGCCAGGGACAUAAUUUUAUAGCCAAUGCGCCCACUCACAGGGAGUCAAUGGAGAACUUGAAGAACUUUUGUGAUGGGGUCAGAUUACUUUAUACGUGAUGAAAUGCAUGCUGCAGUAUUUCGUACCUUCUGGAGUCUUUGAAUUAGAUUUUGAAGUAAACGCCAGAAACAGCUGUUACACUGUUCUAAUCUUGAUGGGAUUAGAGUGACAGCCAUGGCCUUGGCGGCCCUUCCUUAAUAAGUUUGGGACGCAGCUGACACACAACCCAAAGGUGACAGAAACAGCUGUUACACUAUUCUAAUCUUGAUGGGAUUAGAGUGACAGCCAUGGCCUUGGCGGCCCUUCCUUAUUAAGUUUGGGACGCAGCUGACACACAACCCAACGGUGACAGAAACAGCUGUUACACUAUUCUAAUCUUGAUGGGAUUAGAGUGACAGCCAUGGCCUUGGCGGCCCUUCCUUAUUAAGUUUGGGACGCAGCUGACACACAACCCAAAGGUGAGAGAAACAACUGUUACACUAUUCUAAUCUUGAUGGGAUUAGAGUGACAGCCAUGGCCUUGGCGGCCCUUCCUUAUUAAGUUUGGGACGCAGCUGACACACAACCCAAACGUGACAGAAACAAGCCCUGACCACCGAACUGAUAUGAGAGAUAACAGUAAGUUUACUGUCAGUGUAGAAGCGAAAGGGACCUAAGAAUGUGGGUCGAAUGUGGAAAAAUUGACUUUGUCGAUCGGAUUCUUAAAGUUGAUCAGUAAAGUGACAAAUACUUUACUAAUACAGUGACAAUUACUUAGUUAUGACAGUGACAUUUACUUACCUAUGACAGCGACAAUUACAUUUGGAGCAGACCCAACCAUCGUGCCGCCACAUGCCGUUCCGCGAGUAAUCUAAACGCUCAAGGAAUUCAUUCUAAAAAAAACCCCAAAAAACAUUUUUUUAAAUUUCGAAAAACACGUAUCUAUUUUUUCAUUCUCUCAGUUGUUGAAUCGUGAUCCUAGCUUUUGUAACAUGCUAAUAUAAAACAAAGCCGUACAAAUAUUAAUCAAAGAAUUUCUUAAACAGAGUGCUAUCAAUUGGAUCUACACCCCUUCCGCAGUGGAUUUGGAAACAAAAACCGGGUGGACCUUCAUCACCUUCUUGCCAAGCAAUACAAAACGUGAACACGCUGGCGAGACACCUUUCUCAGCCAUGAUCGUUAACGUUGUUCACCUAAGACUCCGAUGGAGACAGAAAUUCAUUUACAACGCGGGGAAUUAUAUGGACUUUACCACGUCGACUUACAAGAAUAUAAAGACAACGUCUAUGAGAGCGAGGGGCAAAUUCGGAUAUUCAUUAUCUCAAGAGUUGAACGGCCACGUGCUGAAGAUUCCCUUUGAGAACGACCGCUUCAGCUUCUACGUCGUACUGCCAACCACCGCCGAAGGCUUGGAUAAACUGGAGGAUCAGCUCGCUAGACGUAGCGUACAUCUGGAUGAAGUGUUCGAUUCGGUCCAGGUGCGGGACGUUCUGGUCGAGCUGCCGACGUUCAGGGUCGUAGAAGUGAUCGACCUGGAUGCGCUACUGCAAAAACUGGGAAUAAACGCCGCCUUUUCCCAGGCUGCCGACUUCACAAACGUCACCCCCCUGCCAUGUAAAUUCGGCCAGGCCAGACAUAUAGCGCUGAUAGCUCUCGAUUUAACACAUGUGACGAUCGGAUCGGAUAGAUUUCUUUAUUUACACGAGGAGGGUGCCACCGCACCACCGAGCUCGAAGACGACCGUCUCUACAAGACCGAAGACCACGCUCUCGAAAAAAGACGAAGACGAUGACGGGAAGGAUGACGAAGAGGAUGACCAAGAUGAGGACAACCGGAUUUACGGGCGCUCAGCGCGUGUUGCAGGCGGUGAGGUCAAAGCACUGGUCGCGGUCAAGGCAAGCCAUCCGUUCUUGUUCUUCGUCAGGGAUGAGCUCUUUGGUGUCCUCAUCAUCCAAGGACGGAUGUUGGAACCCGUGACGAAACCUUAAUCCGUAUCGAACGCUAGCGAUACCCGGUCAAAUAGGAAGCCCUUCAUAUGAAGGACGAUACGUUGUAAACGUCCAUAGCAACUUAUUCAAGAAACGACACUUUAUCCAAUAUUACAGCAAAUAAUAAUAUUCAAUCAUUUGUUUAAAAAAAUGCUAAAGCCAGAAAUAAAUACUGUUCAAAAAUAAAAAAAUAAAUAAAAAUAAAAAUAAAGCUGAUUAUUGACUUGCAACAAAAGUAAAAAAAAUAUAAAUUAGUUUAAGUAAAUAAACAUUGAGAAUCUUAAUGAGUACUUUUAAUUAGAUAUUUCUUUAGUUUUUUUAUAAUGUUCUUUGAUUCGAAUAUUUUGAUAAAGAGUUAAAAAAAAAAUUCUUUGAUUCAAAAAAAAUAAAAUAAAAAAUACUGAUACUUUUGGACAUAUUCUUCAUAAAAAUAUAGCUAUUCCCCAGAUGAUCCCCAGAUAUUCAAAGAUACACGAAAAUGUUCCUCUCCAAUAAGAAAAUAUUCUAUCAGAAAUUACCAAACAGAAUCAUGAAAUAAAUAAAUAUUGAUUUAUUUAUCAAGCUCGAAUACAAUAACUGGUUAUGGGUCAACCUUUGACAAUUUAUUAAACUAAUCCCACAUCAGACAACAAGUCCAACAGGUGAAAACUAUUCCACCAUCAGAAAACUAUUCCACCACUAGAAAACUAUUCCACCAUAAGAAAACUAUUCCACCAUUAGAAAACUAUUCCACCAUUAGAAAACUAUUCCACCAUCAGAAAACUAUUCCACCACCAGAAAACUAUUCCACCACUAGAAAACUAUUCCACCACUAGAAAACUAUUCCACCAUUAGAAAACUAUUCCACCAUUAGAAAACUAUUCCACAACUAGAAAACUAUUCCACCACUAGAAAACUAUUCCACCACCAGAAAACUAUUCCACCACCAGAAAACUAUUCCACCACCAGAAAACUAUUCCACCACCAGAAAACUAUUCCACCACUAGAAAACUAUUCCACCACUAGAAAACUAUUCCACCAUCAGAAAACUAUUCCACCAUCAGAAAACUAUUCCACCAUCAGAAAACUAUUCCACCAUCAGAAAACUAUUCCACCAUCAGAAAACUAUUCCACCAUCAGAAAACUAUUCCACCACCAGAAAACUAUUCCACCACUAGAAAACUAUUCCACCACUAGAAAACUAUUCCACCAUCAGAAAACUAUUCCACCAUCAGAAAACUAUUCCACCAUCAGAAAACUAUUCCACCACCAGAAAACUAUUCCACCACUAGAAAACUAUUCCACCACUAGAAAACUAUUCCACCAUCAGAAAACUAUUCCACCAUCAGAAAACUAUUCCACCAUCAGAAAACUAUUCCACCAUCAGAAAACUAUUCCACCAUCAGAAAACUAUUCCACCAUCAGAAAACUAUUCCACCAUCAGAAAACUAUUCCACCAUCAGAAAACUAUUCCACCAUCAGAAAACUAUUCCACCAUCAGAAAACUAUUCCACCACCAGAAAACUAUUCCACCACUAGAAAACUAUUCCACCACUAGAAAACUAUUCCACCAUCAGAAAACUAUUCCACCAUCAGAAAACUAUUCCACCAUCAGAAAACUAUUCCACCAUCAGAAAACUAUUCCACCAUUAGAAAACUAUUCCACCAUCAGAAAACUAUUCCACCAUCAGAAAACUGUUCCACCAUUAGAAAACUAUUCCACCACUAGAAAACUAUUCCACCAUCAGAAAACGAUUCCACCAUCAGAAAACUAUUCCACCAUUAGAAAACUAUUCCACCAUCAGAAAACUUUUCCACCAUCAGAAAACUAUUCCACCAUCAGAAAACUAUUCCACCAUCAGAAAACUAUUCCACCAUUAGAAAACUAUUCCACCAUCAGAAAACUAUUCCACCAUCAGAAAACUGUUCCACCAUCAGAAAACUGUUCCACCAUUAGAAAACUAUUCCACCAUCAGAAAACUAUUCCACCAUCAGAAAACUAUUCCACCAUCAGAAAACUGUUCCACCAUCAGAAAACUGUUCCACCAUCAGAAAACUGUUCCACCAUCAGAAAACUGUUCCACCAUAAGAAAACUAUUCCACCACUAGAAAACUAUUCGACCAUACGAAAACUAUUCCACCACUAGAAAACUAUUCCACCAUCAGAAAACUAUUCCACCACUAGAAAACUAUUCCACCAUCAGAAAACUAUUCCACCAUCAGAAAACUAUUCCACCACUAGAAAACUAUUCCACAUCAGAAAACUAUUCCACAAUGCCUUAUUCCCUUACAAUGCCAUCAUCCCCUUACAAUGCCGUCAUCCGCCAUACCAUUUAAUCAUUCCCCAUAAAAUACCAUCAUCCCCGCAUACAAUGCCAUCAUCCCCUAAUACAAUGCCAUAAUCCCGCCAUACAAUGCCAUAAUCACCUCAAAAAUUGCCAAAGUCUCCCUCAACAUUGCCCUCGUCAUCCAUACAAUGCCAUCAGACCACAUACAAUUCUAUUAUCCCCCAUAAAAUUUUAUUAUCCCCCCAUACAAUGACCUCAUCCUAAAGACAAUGCCACCAAGCCCCCAUACAACGUCAGCAUCCCACAAAACAAUACACAAUCCCUUCAUACAAUGCCUUCAUCUCACAUAUAAUGCUAUUAUCCCCCAUACAAUGCCAUCAUCACCAAUACAGUGCUGUUAACCUCAAAACAAUGCUACCACCUUUCUAUACAAUGCCGUCAUUGCCACAUACAAUGCCAUCAUCGCCCCAUUCAAUACCAUCAUCGCCUCAUACAAUGCCAUCAUCGCCACAUAAAAUGUCAUCAUCCCACAUACAACGCCAUCCUCCCCAUACAACGCCAUCAUCCCCAUACAACGCCAUCAUCCCCAUAUAAUGCCAUCAUUCUCUUAUACACUUCCACCAUCACACCUCCAGUGUCAACAGUUAACAUUCAAUGACAUCUUCCUGCAUACGAUUGCUCCACCCCACAUAAAAUUCCACCAUCCUACAUUCAAUUCCACCUCCUUUGCUAAUGAUCCACUGCCAUAUUUGGAAUUAAUUUCUUUGCUUAGCCAGCCCAGGGGCUUAGAGUUACACGCCCUACUAUUGUUCUAUGGGGAUCAUUUGGGCUUCACUUCUACUUUGAUCACAUUUUGUCCGAGGAAAGAAAAGAACACAUACACAAACAAAUUGGGGUCAAGGCAGAACACACACAAAAUCGUAGACAUGUUUACAAUCUUACUCCUAUGCAGGGUUUCUCUCAGCUAUAUCUCCGAGGAAAGCAAAUUGCCCCCCCCCCCAACCCCGGAGCAAAAAUAUGUCCAACAAUAAAUCAACUGGCACUGCUGGCACUGCCCCCCACCCACCCCGACCAAACUGUAGUACCCCCUCCCCCACUUCCCUCUCCGGGGGAAAAUUUCUGAAAUAAUCACUGCUCCUAUAUCUUCCGCAAGGACCUUUCACAGGUCUUGUGGAAAACCGUGACGUCAAUAACUACAAUGAAAUAUUUGAAGGUUUUUAACAACCGUAAGGCGAUACAUGGUUCAAAGUCAACCCCCAAUUAGCCAGGAUUAUUUACUUACUCUGAAAUUAAAUUAAAUUCACGGAAAUCAAAGCCAAACAUUUGGGAAUAGAAAAUGGUUUGAUGCAUCGAACAUGUUAAAGAUACUUGCCUUUCAGUGAGACUUAAACACGUCAUAUCCCUCACGUACACAUCACGACAGCUCAUGACAGAUCACGACAGAUCAUGCCAGAUCAUGACAGAUCAUGACAGAUCAUGACAGAUCAUGACAGAUCAUGACAGAUCAUGACAGAUCAUGACAGAUCAUGACAGAUCAUGACAGAUCAUGACAGAUCAUGACAGAUCGAGCUAAUGUCUAUGAUCGAGUCUGUACAUUUUUGUUUGGGCGGUGUUUCUUUCAGACAUUUUUCCAUGCGGGGGGGGCAUUUCUGAUUUUUCGGGGGCGUGGGGAUUGCAAGUUGCCAGUGGACAGUGACCAGAGGCGUAGCUAAAAAAGUGUCGGAUGGGACAUACGGCCAGACUGCGCGGGGGGGGGGAACCAAAAGGGCUUUAAUGGUAUUAAUAAUAUUAAUAGUGUCGGAUGGGACAUACGGCCAGACUGCGCGGGGGGGGGGGGAACCAAAUGGGCUUUAAUGGUAUUAAUAAUAUUAACUAGUUUCAGAGUUAACGGGAAUGGGCGUAAAAAUACAUCAUAUCCCGUGACGCAGAACUCUGGGUACGCCUCUUCCGGUGUCAAAGUAAAAAGAAAAGAAAAAAAUGAGGUUGUUUACCGGAUUUGAGUUUUUCUUGACAAGGAGAUGCAUGAUUAUCAGAAAUAUCUACAGUUUGUAUUUGGAAAGGAAGAGCGACCAAAAUAGUUGGCCCUCAUGGUGACACUAAUAUUAGCUACGCCACUAGGAAGUGUAUCUACCGUCAACAAAAUUAGUGAUCAGUUUCAUGGGGGUGUAGUGUAGAAAUCGAGUCAGCCGAUGCAUUUGCUUUUAUUCAUAUUAAUAAAAGCAAGGCAAAGAUCAAAAAGGUAAACUCACACACUCAACUAACAGCAGAUCUCUCUGGUAUUAUAUGCACUGGAAGACGUGGAGGCUUUCACAUUCUUAAGCAGCACCAUUUAAUUAAAUAAUGGAUUCGAAGCGCUUGAAUUGGAAAGGCUGGGUCAGCAUGUGUGUAAUUAAAGAAACUAUGGGAGUCAAAAAAGCUGACUCUUCGGACCAAAGUCAGAAUUUUUUAACACAAAUGUCGGCACAGUCCUACUCUACGGAGCUGAAUAUCUGAGAACAUCAUCAAACAUUACACAGAAAGUACAGACCUUCAGAAACACUUGCAUUAGAAAGAUCCUAAACAUCAAAUGACCAAAGACCAUCACCAAAAAUGACUUACUAGAAAGGACGUGCCAGGAGCAUAUUGCUGAAGACAUCAUAAAGAAAAAGAGGGAGGUUGAUACGGCACACUCUCCAAAAACCCGUAGACUGCACCACCAGACAAUCCAAAACAUGACAUCAACAUGUAAGAUAAAGAAAAGUGGAAGCCCUAAAAAUCUAUGGAAACGCGAACAAGAGCAGACCACACAAAGUAUGGGAUACAUCCGGAAGCAGCUAGAAAGGAAAGCACAGGGCCGAGAUGCAGGGGUUAAAUUUGGCGUGUAGUUGAAUUUAAUAUUUCUAGAAGGCUUUUGAUUGGGGUUUUCGAUUCAAUGUUUCUUUCAGACAAUUUUGAUUUGACAUUUCAAACUUUCGCGUGUGAAGCGCCAAAAUAAGCGAUUAUAAUGAUCAAAGACAACCUCAACGCCGCACUAGGAGGAUAUGAACUAAAUUCAUUCCAGUUGUGGCACCCUUGAAGUUAUGCUUUGUCCUAUCUUAAAAUUGCAUAUGAAAUCUUUAAAGUCCCCUGAAGAUAUUUGAUAAUUUUAAGAUCAAAGGCUUCUUUUUAUCAAAUACUUCAAUUUUUUUUAGUUUUUCAAAAUUCCGCACGUGGAGGCCAACCGAAGAGAUGCUAGUUUUAAAAAAAAAUGUGGAUGUUACUUAACCUUAGAAACCAUUGUGUGAGCCAAGAAAUCCCUAGGACAGCAGUGGGCCUGAAAUAUUUUAGGGCUUAAUGAUGUGAUGUGCAUCUUUUCUUACUUAUCAUCUUUCAAUGCAAGGUGGAAGAGGACUAGACCAAAAACAGCAACGAAAAGUCAAGCGGCAGCUCUGCCUGACCUGCUUGUGUUAUGCAAAUAUUUGUUUAUUUGUAAAUAGUAAUGGGGCUUUCAUUUUUUAAAAUAAAUUUGUUUAGGGGUUUACAAAAAAGUUAAUAAAUAAAUUGAAAAAUAUCAGGAUUGCAAAAGCAGCAGCAACUAUGGCUAAACUGAAUAAGCGGGUGUGGAAUAAUCUCAAUUAAACUGAUCAAACAAAAAUAAGUGUCUAUCAGGCAUGUGUGCUUAGCACGCUCCUAUAUGGUAGCGAAGUGUGGACCACAUAUACCAGUCAGGAGCGGAAACUCAACAGCUUCCAUCAAAGAUGUCUGCGUCGCAUUUUGCGCAUUCGUUGGCAGGACAGGGUGCCUAACGUGGAGGUUUUGGAACGUGCACACAUGUUUAGCACAUUCUCCUUUCUUAUCAAGAGACGCCUUCGCUGGUUAGGUCAUGUACGGAGAAUGGAGGAAGGACGUAUCCCAAAGGUUCUGCUGUAUGGAGAGUUGGCAGAGGGGACAAGACAUAUGGGACGACCGCGCCUGAGAUUUAUAGACGUUUGCAAAUGAAACAUGAGGGAAGCCAAUUUUGAAACAAACGAAUGGGAGUUCAUUGCCGAACAUCGCUCCAACUGGCGUACAGCAGUGUUUGAAGGAGUGAAAAAGGCAGAAGUUACUCGAAACGAGGACCUCGAAUCAAAAAGAACAAUUUGAAAAUCAAGAAUUUACCAGGAUUCAACAUUCUCCUGCGAUGAGAUGCGGCCGUGAUUGACAUUCUAGGAUUGGCUUAGUGAGCCACUCGUCAAAGUGUUGAACUAUAUAGCUACUCCAUCGUCUCACGUAGACGGAAGGAUGCCAUAAUAAUAAAUACAUUUAAAAAAAAAAAGUUUUCAUCACAAAAAACACUGCCAGCAUUAUUUUAUGUGGUGAACAAAAAUGAAAAUAAACCUAAACAUUACUAAGAAUAAUAAACUUACUUGAAGUAGUUACCUUUGUAAAUAUUCCCGAGUUUUUCGAAAGUCAAAAAGGAAAAAAAAACAACUGUUAAGUUGAAAGGUUUAUGCAUUUUUAAGGUCAUCAAACCUGGUCAUUUUUAUAAAUCGUAUACGAACGGUGUUAUUAUGUAAAGAAGAUGUCAGGUAUGCAAUGAAGUAGAAAUUUCCCAACAUUCAUUUGAUUUAAAAAGCAUUUUGUGAAUUUCAAACUAUUAUAACUUUUUUCAGAUAAAUUAUGAGUUGACAGAUAUAAUUUAAAACAAUGGUGUCCCUAAAUCCAGAGAAUUUAUUUUAAAUUGACAAAUUAGAAUAAGAAUCUACUCUUAAACUUGUAGGAACAAAAAAAAGUUGAAAUGACAUGAUUAUUAAACAGCUUGUUUAUCUUCCUUUUUUUUUUCAUCUUUGUGAUAGAUUCUCAUCUUUCUGAUAGUUUCUCAUCUUUCUGAUAGUUUCUCAUCUUUCUGAUAGAUUCUCAUCUUUCUGAUAGAUUCUCAUCUUUCUGAUAGUUUCUCAUCUUUCUGAUAGUUUCUAAUCUUUCUGAUAGAUUCUCAUCUUUCUGAUAGUUUCUCAUCUUUCUGAUAGAUUCUCAUCUUUCUGAUAGAUUCUCAUCUUUCUGAUAGAUUCUCAUCUUUCUGAUAGAUUCUCAUCUUUCUGAUAGUUUCUCAUCUUUCUGAUAGUUUCUCAUCUUUCUGAUAGAUUCUCAUCUUUCUGAUAGAUUCUCAUCUUUCUGAUAGUUUCUCAUCUUUCUGAUAGAUUCUCAUCUUUCUGAUAUAUUCUCAUCUUUCUGAUAGAUUCUCAUCUUUCUGAUAGAUUCUCAUAUUUCUGAUAGAUUCUCAUCUUUCUGAUGGAUUCUCAUCUUUCUGAUAGAUUCUCAUCUUUCUGAUAGAUUCUCAUCUUUCUGAUAGUUUCUCAUCUUUCUGAUAGAUUCUCAUCUUUCUGAUAGUUUCUCAUCUUUCUGAUAGAUUCUCAUCUUUCUGAUAGAUUCUCAUCUUUCUGAUAGAUUCUCAUCUUUCUGAUAGAUUCUCAUCUUUCUGAUAGAUUCUCAUCUUUCUGAUAGAUUCUCAUCUUUCUGAUAGUUUCUCAUCUUUCUGAUAGUUUCUCAUCUUUCUGAUAGAUUCUCAUCUUUCUGAUAGAUUCUCAUCUUUCUGAUAGAUUCUCAUCUUUCUGAUAGAUUCUCAUCUUUCUGAUAGAUUUUCAUCUUUCUGAUAGUUUCUCAUCUUUCUGAUAGAUUCUCAUCUUUCUGAUAGAUUCUCAUCUUUCUGAUAGUUUCUCAUCUUUCUGAUAGAUUCUCAUCUUUCUGAUAGAUUCUCAUCUUUCUGAUAGAUUCUCAUCUUUCUGAUAGAUUCUCAUCUUUCUGAUAGAUUCUCAUCUUUCUGAUAGAUUCUCAUCUUUCUGAUGGAUUCUCAUCUUUCUGAUAGAUUCUCAUCUUUCUGAUGGUUUCUCAUCUUUCUGAUAGAUUCUCAUCUUUCUGAUAGAUUCUCAUCUUUCUGAUAGAUUCUCAUCUUUCUGAUAGAUUCUCAUCUUUCUGAUAGAUUCUCAUCUUUCUGAUAGAUUCUCAUCUUUCUGAUAGAUUCUCAUCUUUCUGAUAGUUUCUCAUCUUUCUGAUAGAUUCUCAUCUUUCUGAUGGAUUCUCCUCUUAAUUUUUUUUCUUUUUUAAAAAUCCUUGCAAAAAGAUGGGGGAGUUUGUUUAAUAUUAUAAUUUUCAAAAGACAAAAGCUGGUGGGAAUUUAAUAAAUAAUAAUGUUUAUUUUUUUUAAACCUCUUUUAUUUAGGAAACUUUGUCAUAAACGUAGCAUGUUUAAAGAAAACGCAAACGAAACACAAUUUUAAUUCUGUCUUGAAUUCUUCUUUAAAACUCACCUCUAAUGCUGUCUUGAGUUCUACUUGAAAACUCCCUUCUAAGGCUGUCGAGAAUUCUGCUUGGAAACGAACUUCUAUGGUGGUCUUGAGCUCUGUUUGAGCACUCACAUCUAAUGCUGUCUAAAGUUCUGCUGCAAAGCUAACAGAUGUUGCCUGGACACGAAGUUAUAGAACUGGCAAUAGCUCAGGACAACCGCAGACGUGGCCGGACACGGAGUUGUAUAACUGGCAAAGAGCUAUAGCCACCAGCAUACAUAGCCUGGAAACUGAGUUAUAUGACUGACAAUAGCUAGAUUCACCAGAAGACGCGGCUUGGACACGGAGUUAUCUUACUGACAAUGGCUAAGUCCAGCUGCAGACGUGGCCUUGACUCCAAGUUCUAUAGCUUACAAUUGUUAGAGCCUCCAGCAGACGGGGCCUGGAAACAGAGUUUUAUAACUUUCAUUAGCUAAAGCCACCAAGAGACAUAGCCUUAACACAGAGUUGUAUAACUGGCUAUAGCUAAGACCAGCAGAAGACGAGGCCUGAACACAGAGCUAUAUAACUGACAGUAGCUAGAGCCACCAGCAGACUUUGCUGGGCCAAGGAGUGAUAAAACUGGCAAAAGAUAGAGCCACGAACAGACUUAGGCUCAAUAAGGAGUUAUAAAAAUGAUAAUACGCAGAGCCACCAGCAGACGUGGCCAGGACACGGAGUUACAGAACUGUCAAUAGCUAGGUCCACCAGCAGACGUGGCCAGGACACGGAGUUACAGAACUGUCAAUAGCUAGGUCCACCAGCAGACGUGGCCAGGACACGGAGUUACAGAACUGUCAAUAGCUAGGGACACCAGCAGACGUGAUCAGGACACGGAGUUACAGAACUGUCCAUAGCUAGGUACACCAGAAGACGUCACCUGGACAUGGAGUGAUAUCAUUAAAAAUUGCUAGUCAUCAGCAGACAUGGCCAGGAAACGCAGUUAUGGAACUGUCAAUACCUAGGUCCACCAGCAGACGUGUCAAUGGACAUCGAGUUAUAUAACUGGCAAUAGCUAGAGCAACCAGCAGACGUGGCCGCAUCGCGUCUUGUUGAGGUAGCUUUUAAGAAAUGACAGGACGUAUUAAAGGAGCUGACGAUUAUUGACACACUAGUUUUCUAAUUGACUCACUAGUUUUCUUCUUGACUCACUAGUUUUCUUCUUGACACACUAGUUUUCUAAUUGACUCACUAGUUUUCUUCUUGACACACUAGUUUUCUUAUUGACAUAUUAGUUUUCCAUUUGACACACUAGUUUUCUUAUUGACACACUAGUUUUCUUAUUGACACACUACUUUUCUUUUUGAAACACUAGUAUUCUUCUUGAAAUACUAGUUUUCUUACUGACACACUAGUUUUCUUACUGACACACUAGUUUUUUUUACUGACAAACUAGUUUUCUUACUGACACACAAGUAUUCUUACUGACACACUAGUUUUCUUACUGACAGACUAAGUUUUCUUAUCACGUCUUUUUAAAGUGACCAAAUGUAUUAUCAUUUGUUUUCAAACUUUUCAUUUGGCCAAAUAGUAUUGUUAAAAGGAGCAUAAUUUAUGAACUUUGACCUUCUGAUGUGUGUGGCUGUUCAUAAAUCCACAAGCAGGAACACUUUGAUGUCAUGCUUUAUUUGGUUCUUCCGUGUCUUUUAGGUAAGUGUUAUGAUAGUUUUAUAAAACAUUAUACAUUUGUCUGUCUUUAGAAACCCUGUGAUUUAAUAUUUUUAGUAUGUUUUAAUUCCCCUCCCCCCCCCCUUUAUUUCAUUUUACAUUUAAAAAAAAAAGGUUUUAAAAAAAUAGUUUUCACAUUAUUUAUUUGUUUAUUCAUUUUUUAUAUAACAUUAUACAUUUGUUUGUCUUUAGAAACCCUGUGUUUUAAUAUUUUUAGUAUGUUUUAAUUCCCCUCCCCCCCCCCUUUAUUUCAUUUUACAUUUAAAAAAAAAAGGUUUUAAAAAAAUAGUUUUCACAUUAUUUAUUUGUUUAUUCAUUACAUUUCAUCUCCCCCCCCCAACCCACACCAGCCUUUGUUGACUUCAUUAAUUUAACUUACCAUCUCUCACUCUCUCUCUCUCUCUGUCUCUCAUAUCUUCCGUUGUUUCACCAAAGAUCGGAUGAAAAACACGCUCAUCUCUUAUUCCUACCAAAUAAACACUUCGAAUUAUUCCACUUUAAUUAGGACAAAGGUCAAUACACCUCUAAAAUAAAUCUAAGUGUGCAUAUACUACACACAAAUAAAUAUAACUAUGAAUAUAAUACACACACAAAUAAAUCUGAGUAUGAAUAUAAUACACACACACACAAAUAAAUCUAAGUAUGCAUAUAAUCACACACACAAAUAAAUAUAAGUGUGCAUAAACUACACACAAACACACACACACACAAACACACAGAGAUACAUCUAAGUGUGCAAUUAAUACACACACACAGACACAAAUAAAUCUAAGUGUGCAUAUAAUACACACACACAAAUAAAUCUAAGUGUGCAUAUAAUACACACACACACAAAUAAAUCUAAGUAUGCGUAUUAUUCGCAAACACACACACAAAUAAAUCGUUUCUGCUGUAAUAAAUUCACACACUGUUCAUCUUGACCAAAAAGUUAAUUUCCGUCAAAUAGCUUGAUCAACAAGAACAACAGAAACAAAUCACUCACAUCUAUAAAUCAAUGAAUUUUAAUCUUGCUUCUGUCAAACACGAGACUAACAUGGAGAAUUUAUGGUCAUUCGGUUUCAUAACAAUAAUUUUAAACAGUUUUUUUUGUGUAGUUGAUGUUUGAAAAAAAAUCUCAUGAUUUAAAUUGCGAAGUAGUUUAAACAUUCACAUUUAGGCAGCAUCGCAUCUCUAUGAUCACCUAAAGACUCCUCGGAGUUUGUUGAAUAUACGUUUGCUUUGUGGUGCCACAUAUUCAAAGGUUUCAUUACCAAGAUAUUUAAGUUUUCAAAAUAAAAAAAAUAAAAUAAAAAAAAUAGAGCAAUCGGAAAGGCAACUGUGAGUUCAUACCGCAUUGUACCACUGUCUGAUGGUGAAAAAGUAAAGCUACUGAAACAAACUCCGACAGCUGCGUGGAGAUAGAUGGCGAAUGGUUUGCUGCUUGGGAUAAUAGGUGAUUCUCCAUACAAAACAUCACAUUGGCUUAGACGAAUCAUAAGAAAGAUUUUGAUGUGAUAUAACGUAGCCGAAUGUAGGACACAAACGAAUGAAAUAAAAAAAAAAGUUAUUUAAAGUAUAGAUGUUGUGGAACUACCACAAACUACUUAGUUAUUUAAAGUAUAGAUGUUGUGGAACUACCACAAACUACUUAGUUAUUUAAAGUAUAGAUGUUGUGGAACUACCACAAACUACUUUAAGAGGACCAUUGCAUAACCACAACCACCAGGAACUUCAUAAAGGCAACCAGUGCAGUACCAGACACGUGCGGGCGACAGGGCUCUACUGGACAGAAACAGCAAUGAUAUAAAGAAAGCUAUGAAGGGAAGAUGCCUCAGUUCAAGAUGGUCUCGAGCUUAAAUAAGUGAGACAAAAUAUAUAGUUAUGUCAAGAACACACAGCAACACAGCUUUGAAAUAAGCAGUGAGACCUUUGAGAGAAUUUUAAAUAUCUAAGCCAUACGAUAAAUGAGAUGAAUGAAAUAAUUUUGGAGGUGAAAGAAAGGUUAAAAGCAGGCAAACUUUCUUAUUUCAGGCUUGAAGAGCCACUAGGAAGAUAAAAAAAAAUCAAGAAGAACAAAGAAAGCAAUAUACACCACUAUCAUUAAAGAACUUAUAAUUUAAGCAUGUGAGACUUGGUCGAUCACCAGACAAGCAGAAAACCUAUUCAGAACAUGUGAGUGGAAAAUUCUCAGGGAAAUUAUUUAGAGGAUUGUGGAUUGUAGAGCAUCAAAGAUUAUCUACAGGCAGAAUCCUAGAGAAGAAUGGCUCAACGGUUGACCAAGACUAGGAUGGACUGACGAUGUAGAGAAGGACUGAUGUGAGCUGGGGAUCAGGGCAUUAAUGCGGAAAUACAAAGAACGAUCCGAAUAGAAGGAUGUGGGUGAGCAGGCCAGGGCCUUACAUUGGUUGUUGUUGUUCGUCCGUCGAAGUCGACUAGAACAAUCGAGUCAUCCGGUUAGGGGGAGGUUGGGAUUACGGUGAGCUCGCAAGUGGCUUGCUUGACCGAUCCAUGCUCGGAAUAAUCUAUGACACUGUUUGCAUGGAAUAGUUGCUUUAGACGAUGACCUAAUGUUGCUCUUUCGGACAAGCCUGCGUGUCUCAACUGUGAUUAUUCUAUUGGCUUCAUGGGAUUUAGCCCCCUUCUUGACAGCAGCUCUCCACCUGGCUCUGUCCUGGGCUGUCCGCACCCAUUGAGUAGGGUGGAUGCUGAAGGCUUUUAGUGCCACUUUCUGUGAGUCUUUGUAACGCUUUUUUUGACCUCCUUGGGAGCGCUUGCCUAUCGUGAGUUCUCCGAAGAAUAAUUGUUUCGGCAGCCGGUGGUCUUCCAUACGGGCUACAUGUCCCAUCCAAUGGAGCUUAGACUGCAUCAGAGUGGUGAAGAUACUAGGUAGGACUUCGGUGUCGGGGACUUUGUCUUGCCACCUUAUAUCGAGGAGUUUCCUGAGGCAGGUAGUGUGAAAAUGAUUCAGUUUCUUGGCGUGCAGCUGGUAGACUGUCCACGUUUCAAAUCCAUAGUGCAGUGUCGUGAGGACUGCUGCGCUAUAGACCUUGAGCUUUGUUUCUCGACUGAUACCUCUCCUGUCCCAAACAAUGCUGCGGAGCCUGCCAAAUAGAGCACUAGCUUUUGUGAGUCUGUCAUUCAUUUCUUCAUCCAUGACGACAGAUCUAGAGAGGGUGCUGCCCAAGUAAAUAAAUUUAUCCACCGGGUUGAGACGCUGUCCACUGAUGAUGAUGUUGGGUUCAACGUAGGGCUUACUGGGAGUUGGCUGAUACAUCACCUCAGUCUUCUUUGUGUUGAUUGUGAGCCCAAAGUUAUUUCAGGCCUCAGAGAAGAUAUCAACGCUGUGUUGCAUGACGGCUUCUGAGGGAGCGUUGAGGGCAAAAUCGUCUGCAAACAGGAGCUCGUUGAUCGUGGUAUGUUUGACCUUGGUUUUAGCUUGAAGCCUUCUAAGGUUAAAAACUGAUCCAUCAGUACGAAACCGGAUUGGCAAGCCCGUGGCGGAGUCCUUAAACGCAUCAGACAGCAUUGCCGAAUACAUAAUACAGAAGAGUGUGAGAGCAAGAACACAACCCUGCUUUACGCCGUUUGUGACGGCGAAUGCUGGAGAUGAUUGACCGUUGUCCUGCACUCGGGCCAUCAUACCAUCAUGCAGCUGACGGAUGAUGUUGGUGAGCUUGUCUGGGCAUUCGUAUUUCUUCAUAAUUUUCCACAGGCCCCCUCUAUUCACCCUGUCAAAGGCCUUAUUCAAGUCGAUAAAUGUAGAAUAUAGGUCUGUAUUUUGUUCCUGGCAUUUUUCUUGAAGCUGUUUAGCAUCAAACACCAUAUCGAUAGUCCGGCGUUCUUUGCGGAAACCGCACUGACUUUCGGGUAGGAGACCAAGCUCCAGAUGUGCAUUCAGGCGGUUCAGAUGAGCUCGGGCCAAGACCUUGCCUGCAAUGGACAGUAGUUAAAUUCCACGGCGAUUGUCGCAGGCCUGGCGGUUUCCUUUGUGUUUGUAUUGGUGGAUAAUUGAGGCAUCAUUGAUGUCUUGUGGUACAGUUUCCGUCUGCCAGAUGAUUUGGAAUAAACGCAAUAGCUUACCCGGCUGUUUAAGAUUGAGCGGCCCACAACGACUUUGUUUUGGAGUCUCUGCCCUUAUUUUUAAAUUCUUUUUGGUUAAAAGAGUUACUUUUUCGGAAAUAAAGUUUUAGUGGUUGAUUAAAUAUAAUUUAAAAAUUUUCAUUGGUUGUUUCAUUAUCAUAUUUCUUUUGUUCCGCAUAUUUGAUAUCUUUGGGGUGCCUGUAGGGUGUGGAGAUUUAUUCAUUUUGUGGCUAUAUUUUCGUUGGAACCUGAAAUAAAGUGUGUACAAGUGUAUUUCAUGAAACUGUAAGUUGGGUUUUCAUUAUUUCUUUAUUUUAUAAUUAUUUUGGUCCCUUUUUUUAAUUUUUUUUUUUUUUUUGGUUAAUUUUUAUAGUUUUCUUGCCAAAGUGUGAAAUUCCACAUGUUUUUACUUGUGGAUUAACGGCUAGUUUUUAUGGUUAAGGUUAGGUUUAGGGAUCGAUUUAAGGUUAGGGUUAGGCAUAUGGAUCGAUUUAGGGUUAGGGUUAGGCAUAGGGAUAGUUUUAGGGUUAGGCAUAGGGAUAUAUUUAGGGAUAGGGUUAGGCAUAAGGAUAGAUUUAGGGUUAGGGUUAGGCAUAGGGGUAGAUGUAUGCUUAGGGUCGGGCAUAGGGAUAUAUUUAGGGUUAGGCAUAGGGAUAGAUUUAGGGUUAGGGUUAGGCAUAAGGAUAGAUUUAGGGUUAGGGUUAGGCAUAGGGAUAGAUUUAGGGUUAGGGUUAGGCAUAAGGAUAGAUUUAGGGUUCAGGUUAGGCAUAGGGAUAGAUUUAGGGUUCAGGCUAGGCAUAGGGAUAGAUUUAGGGUUCACGUUAGGCAUAGGGAUAGAUUUAGGGUUCACGUUAGGCAUAGAGAUUGAUUUAAGACAAUUUUUCAUACAUUUGUAACGUUUUCUUCCUAAUUUUAGCAAACGUGAAUUAUUUUAUUUUUUCCAUGGCCGCCAUCUUCGUUGCCUCGACCUUUGAACACGUAAAAGUGCGCGGGUCGAGGCAAUCACGAUGGCGGCCAUUGAAAUAGCCGCGGGUCGCUCUCUCUCUUAAGUUAACGCUUAUCCGUCAGCGCUGGUCCACCCUCUUUGUAGAUUUCGGCAGGAAUCAUGUCGGAGCCAGGUACGUUGCCAUUGGACAUUUGGCGGAUCGCUGUCUGUAUCUCAUCAAAAGUUGGGACGGCGUCCAGUGAAUUGUUCGUUGGGACCCGGGAAUGUCUUUCAAUGGCCUCAUCAUUAAUGAUGGAAGGCGUAUUGAGCACACUUUCAAAGAUUUUCUCUUUGUCUGUAAUGAGAGUAGAACCGUCAGCACAAGGAGAGGGGAAGAGCCUGAUGUGGCAACACCAUAGAUUUCUCUCAGGCCACGGUAGAAGUUUUUCGUUUCUUUCUUGUCUGCAGAGCCCUGUAUUUCACCAGCUUUUGAAUUUAACAAGGAAUCUUGGAUCUGGCGCAGUUGUAUCUGGACCUUGCUGUGGAUGCCCCUAAGUGCAGCUGUCUUUGCUGUUGACAUUGGGUCAUCAUGGAGUGCCUUGUACGCCUGGCGUUUUUGCUCAAGUAGCUUUUGGAUCGCUGUGUUAUUUUCGUCAAACCAGUCCCUGUGUUUCCUCGUAGAGGGUCCGAGGCGCUCAGCGGCUGUAUUAUAGACCGCCUCACGAAUCGUGGUCCACGCUUUUUCCGCAUCCUGGUUUCUCCAGUGUGAUUGUAUCAAGGCGUUGAUCUAGGCUGUCAACAAAGGUUUGUCUCACAUCAGGGAUCUUCAGCCUAUUGAUGGUGAGGCGUUUCGGAACUUUCGUGGCCUGAGGUCGUCUCUUAGGUUGGAUAUGAAUUUUCAUCUUUGAAACGAUGAGGCGGUGAUCCGUCCAGCAUUCUGCGCCACACAUGGCCUUAGUCACCCUCACGUCCUGACGGUCCCUAUUUCUGACUAUGACAUAAUCAAUUAGAUGCCAAUGUUUUGAACGGGGGUGCAUCCAGAGGUCGGGUUGCGCGUAGGGACGCUGAAGGUGGUGUUCGUUUUUAGAGGGCCAUGUUCAGCACAGGUCUGAAGUAGCCGUAGGCCGUUGCUGUUAAAAUUUUCAACACCAUGCUUCCCAAUCACUCCCCCCUCCCCCCAGGAGGUGUAGUCACUGCCGACACGUGCAUUGAAAUGACAAGUAUGAUGAGUUUGUCAGCAGAUUGUGUGGAAGAGAUGACAGUGUUCAGGUCUUCAUAAAAUUUGAUUUUUGGUCUCUUCUGUGUUUGUCAUGGUGGGUGCAUAGGCACUGACUAAGGUAGCAGACUUCUUUUCAUAGCAGAGGGCGAUUUUCAACGUCAUGAGACGGCCAUUUAUAACUUUUGAAGAGCUGGGGAGCUUGGUUACAAGAGAGGUUUUGAUAACAAAGCCAACACCAGCUUCUUGCCUUGCGUCAGGGUCGCGCCCGCUCCAAAAAAAAGAAUAGCCAGCAAGCCUUUCUGUGAUUUCACCCUUGCCAGAGAGUCUGGUUUCACUGAGGGCGGCGCUAUCUAUAUUGUAUCUCGCAAGUUCAUGAACAAUGAGCGCCGUGUGACGUUGAGGUCAUUCAGAAGUGUCCCUGUCAAUCAGUGGGCGUAUGUUCCAUGUGGUAAUUUUAAGUGAAAUAGUGUUUUAUCCUUGAUUUACGAGCGCAAAGAUUGUGUCCCUGCUGACCGUGUUCAUUCGGCCAGGGUGUGAAGGAGCAGGCAUUCUUUUGGGCACCUAUUUUAGCCCCUUCGUCAUGCAUUUAGGAGAGCCUGCCUGUCGCCACGAGACUUGGGAUGAUGGGCAUAGUUGGAUGACUGAUGACUUGCGCGGGUGACUUUUUUAAAGUGAGGAAGAUUUGCGCAGCGUCAACCUCACUCUCUCGUCCAGACCCACCGUGUCCAGUGGUAAGACUAUGUCAAGAUGACCAGAAAUGGGUACGGAUGCAGUGGAUGACCAAGAUGUUCUACGUGCCUCAUUUUGCUCUACGCACUCCACAGUGCGUUGCUGUAAUCGCCUUCACCUCCGUUGAACCUAAGUGGUUUCCCCCGCAGGAUUCGUCGAUUUCCAGGCUUUGCAUGUUGUAGGUAGGCAGACCUAAAAUCACCGAGGGUUUGAGGCCCAUCAGCUACCCACAGUUGAUUGACCCGGCUAAUGGAAGCCGUUGCCCAGGAUAUGGCCGCUGUGGCAUGCUAGAGACUAAUGGCUCAUCGGUCGACAAAGACUAGGAUGGACUGAUGAUGUAGAGAAGGACUGACGUGAGCUGGGGGCACGGCACUAAUGUGGAAAUACAAAGAACGAUCCGAAUGGAAGGACGUGGGGGGGGGGGAGAGCAGGCCAGGGCCUUACAUUGGUUGUAGCGCCAAUGACUAUGAUGUCAAAAUGGAAGGGUGUGGGGGGAGAGCAGGCCAGGGCCUUACAUUGGUUGCAUGGAGGGGGGGGGGGGGGAGAGCAGGCCAGGGCCUUACAGUGGUUGUAGCGCCAAUGACUAUGAUGUCAAAAUGGAAGGGUGUGGGGGGAGAGCAGGCCAGGGCCUUACAUUGGUUGCAGCGCCAAUUACGAUGAUGUCAAAAUGGAAGGGUGUGGGGGAGAGCAGGCCAGGGCCUUACAUUGGUUGUAGCGCCAAUGACGAUGAUGUCAAAUUGGAAGGGUGUGGGGGGAGAGCAGGCCAGGGCCUUACAUUGGUUGUAGUGCCAACGAAGAUGAUGUCAAAAUGGAAGGGUGUGGGGGGAGAGCAGGCCAGGGCACUAUAUUCUAGUUACAUGGUACUAGCACAUUAAGGCUACACGGGACUAGUACAAUCUAGUUACACGGUACUCGCACAUUCUAGUUACACGGUCCUAGCACAUUAACGCUACACGGGACUAGUACAAUCUAGUUACACGGUACUCGCAUAUUCUAGUUACACGGUACUCGCAUAUUCUAGUUACACGGUCCUAGCACAUCAAGGCAACACGUGACUAGUACAAUCUAGUUACACGGUACUCGCAUAUUCUAGUUACACGGUAUUCGCACAUUCUAGUUACACGGUACUAGCACAUUAAGGCAACACGGGACUGGAACAUUCUAGCUACACGGUACUAGCACAUUAAGGCAACACGGGACUUGCACAUUCUAGAUACACGGUACUAGCACAUUCUAUUUACACGGUACUCGCACAUUAAGUCUACACGGGUCUAGUACAAUCUAGUUACACGGUACUCGCAUAUUCUAGUUACACGGUACACGCACAUUCUAGUUACACGGUACUCGCACAUUAAGGCUACAUGGGACUAGCACAUUCAAGUUACACGAAACUAGCACAUUAAGGCUACACGGUACUCGCAAAUUCUAGUUACACGGUACUCGCACAUUCUAGUUACAUGGUACUCGCACAUUCUAGUUACACGGUACUCGCACAUUCUAGUUACACGGUACUCGCACAUUCUAGCUACACGUACUCGCACAUUCUAGUUUAACGACACUCACUCAUUAUUGGUAAUCGGUAUUAGCACAUUUUAGCUACCCGGUACAAGCACAUUCUAGCAUAGUAUACAGCCUUCGGUAUACAAAACAAUAGACUAAGCAACUCCCAUUACUUUGUUCAUGGCAAACUGUAUUUUGUUUGUCAUAGAACAAUCUUGUUAUUUAGCCAUAUUACAUUGCGUUGAUAGGAAGAAAGCCACAGGUGAUUGAGUUCUCGAGCAAAUCCAAUAUGUGGCAGAAACGAAAACAACAACUCUAACACUUGGUAAAUAUCAAAUAAAAUGAUUAAAAAAUGCAUACAAAGGAUUUAUACACAACAACUUUAUUUAAGGAAUAUUUAACAUUAAAGAUAUGUUCAAUCGGCAAACGUGUCUCACUAAUGCUUUAUGGUCGCUGGUCUGUAUGUGUACUACUAGCUUCUAAUAGCUUUGAAACUACUCCCUACCUAUUUUGUCGUCUUGAUUUUUAAAUUAUUUUUUAAAGAAAAAACUUUAAAGUGGUUCUAUUAAUAUAACACAAAGGUUAUAUAAGUAUUGACUACGUGUUAUGAAAGGAUUACCCUAGUUAUUUAUAUAUUAAACAAAACGGAUUGUGUUAUAUAGCUAGACGCAAUCCAUCAAUUGACCACAGACAUGUCUUAAGAACCAUUACAAUCAAACUGAUCUACGAUAGCAGGCAUUAAAUCAGAACAACAUUAUGGAGAACGACACUCACAUGAUCAAAAUACAUUGGUUGAGAAUUUAUGAUAGAGCGAGUUACGACUGCAGGUGUCAAUCAUAAAUUUAAACCCCUCUCAAGAAACAUAAUUGGCCGGACGAAAAGCUAAAUCGAUAAUCAAUUUAGCCGACUAUAAAGACCAGAAAGACACCACUGAGUUGUGGAAGCUGUUGUUCAACAGGUUGUCAGUUCAGCAACAACCUUCACCGAGUCAUGAAGUCACCGAGUCUUGUGGUGGCUCUAGCUAUUGCCAGUUUCAUGACUUCUCAUUGCUUGUAUGCUCAAGAGGAUGACGUUGUUCAACAACACAAGCCUUCAGGCCCAGAUCUAAGCAAGUUAGCCAAGGCCAUCACAUUAUUCUCUAUGGACCUGCACACAGUUUUGAGUGAAACAGGAAUGAGCUUUUUCUUCUCGCCAAUUAGUAUUCACCUGGCUUUGUCAAUGGCACUUGUUGGAGCGAAAGGCGAAACUUCUAAUGAAAUGAAGAUAGCUUUAGAGGUGAGUUUCUAAUUGCUGCAAAGUGGGUGGUCAGUUUCUAUUGUUAAGUGUGGGUGGCCAGUUUGUAUUUUUAUAGUUUGAGUGUCCAGUUUCUAUUGUUAUAGGUUGAGUGUCCAGUUUCUAUUGUUAUAGUUUGGGUGUCCAGUUUGUGUUGUUAUAUUUUGAGUGUCCAGUUUCUAAUGUUAUAGUUUGGCUGUUCAGUUUGUGUUGUUAUAGUUUGAGUGUCCAGUUUCUAUUGUUAUAGUUUGAGUGCCCAGUUUCUAUUGUUAUAGUUUGGGUGUCCAGUUUGUGUUGUUAUAGUUUGAGUGUCCAGUUUAUAUUGUUAUAGUUUGGGUGUCCAGUUUGUGUUGUUAUAGUUUAGGUGUCCAGUUUGUCUUGUUAUAGUUUGAGGGGCCAGUUUGUAUUGUUAUAGUUUGAGUGUCCAGUUUGUCUUGUUAUAGUUUGAGUGGCCAGUUUGUAUUGUUAUAGUUUGAGUGGCCAGUUUGUAUUGUUAUAGUUAGAGUGGCCAGUUUGUAUUGUUAUAGUUUGGGUGUCCAGUUAGUAUUGUUAUAGUUUGAGUGGCCAGUUUGUAUUGUCAUAGUUUGAGUGGCCAGUUUGUAUUGUUAUAGUUUGAGUGGCCAGUUUGUAUUGUUAUAGUUUGAGGGGCCAGUUUGUAUUGUUAUAGUUUGGGUGUCCAGUUAGUAUUGUUAUAGUUUGAGUGGCCAGUUUGUAUUGUUAUAGUUUGAGUGGCCAGUUUAUAUUGUUAUAGUUUGACUGGCCAGUUUGUAUUGUUAUAGUUUGAGUGGCCAGUUUGUAUUGUUAUAGUUUGGGUGUCCAGUUUGUAUUGUUAUAGUUUGAGUGUCCAGUUUGUAUUGUUAUAGUUUGAGUGGCCAGUUUGUAUUGUUAUAGUUUGAGUGUCCAGUUUGUAUUGUUAUAGUUUGAGUGGCCAGUUUGUAUUGUUAUAGUUUGAGUGGCCAGUUUGUAUUGUUAUAGUUUGAGUGGCCAGUUUGUAUUGUUAUAGUUUGAGGGGCCAGUUUGUAUUGUUAUAGUUUGGGUGUCCAGUUAGUAUUGUUAUAGUUUGAGUGGCCAGUUUGUAUUGUUAUAGUUUGAGUGGCCAGUUUGUAUUGUUAUAGUUUGACUGGCCAGUUUGUAUUGUUAUAUUUUGAGUGGCCAGUUUGUAUUGUUAUAGUUUGAGUGGCCAGUUUGUAUUGUUAUAGUUUGUGUGGCCACUUUGUAUUGUUAUACUUUGGGUGUCCAGUUUGUAUUGUUAUAGUUUGAGUGUCCAGUUUGUAUUGUUAUAGUUUGAGUGGCCAGUUGUUUGUAUUGUUAUAGUUUGAGUGUCUGAGAGGGUGUAUACCGAAUCAAUCCAAAAAGCCGUCUGUCAGGAGCGAUAACAUUAGACAAUCAAAAACAUCACCAGCAUCCCGGAUGGACGCGACAAGUUAAACUCUGAUGGCAACUCAUCUGUGAAAAGGUAACCUCUGAAUACAAACCUGGAGAUGGGUCUGUAGGUGGAUAACAUUGACACAAUGAAUAUUCCGGAAACUUCUGUGAAUCCAAUGAUGCCGUGCUGUUUCAUUUUUUAAAAAAAUGAAUGUUCCCUUGGGUUGUUAUUCAGGUGCGUGCAGGGAGGCAUUUGCUGUCUAGGGAACAAGCUUACCUCUUUAAGAAUAAUCCCAGACCUUGCAAGUGAUUUCGUCCGUCCUUCGAAGCAAAGCCGACUAGUACACUUAUUUUUUCUUUUAGGUGAUGAUUCCUCACUUGGUCCAUACAUUCUUAAUAAUUUCCGUUAAAAAAAUGUAGCCCGGAGCUUUUAACUAAUAAUAAAUGAGCGCUGACUAAACAAAAAAUAUCUAUAUUCAUAUACAAAACAAGGGAAUGAAAAUAUCUUUUCACCAAAACGAAAACUGAAAAACCGCAUACACACAUACGUCACUAAUACAAUGUAUAUAACAACAGCUACACAAUUAAUCUCCACACCAAAACACUUAAUUUUUGAAAACAAAUCAUUUUUCAUUCAUCCUCCCCUUGGAAAACAGUACCGACUGAUUUUUUGGAGUUUUUGCGGCUCAAAAUUAGACUGAAUGUGGUGUCACCGGCAACGAAUCUAUGUGACCAGUUUCAGGUCGAUAGGAUGUCGGGAAGUGGGUCAACUAUGCGUUCGAAGAUUAUGACUUAAACGAUAAAACACGCGGAAAAAAUGCAAUGUUAAUAUAAGGAUUUAAAAGUAGGCUUUACCCUAAAUCUGAAUAAUGUAUUUCCUUUUAAUUCACAUUAUCGUUGCCCCCACCCCAAAAAAAUAUUUACGUUGCCUAGGUGACGGUGGCGACAUAUCUUCAGAAAGCUUAAUAAGCUCAAUGUGUUCUUUCUUCUCUGAAAUAAUGAACAAAAUAUUUCUAAGAGGUCGUGGCCAAAAAUGAGUGGAAUAACUCUACUUUGAUCAAAACUACCACCAGAGAGUUGCGGUGGAUAAAAAAAUAAUAUCAUUCGCGCAUAUAUUGAUAUAAGGAUUCUAUUAUGAAGUGACUAUCUUCCCCCGGUAUAUUCUCAAUUUAUAUGACAAAAUAGUAUACUCUGUGUUAUUAAAUUAAGAGUUGGUUUAUUGAUAUAUUAAUUCAGUUUUUAAUUUUCUUACAUCUAUAAUGGGUAAAAUUGAACAAAUUUUCCCUGAAAGUAAAUUUGAUAACAUCCAUUUGGCUUUUUACAAAAUUGUUUAUACAAAAUUGUCUCAUUUUCAUUUUAGUGUAUUAUGAUAUAAGCUUUUGAUGGCUUAAUAAAUCACAUGAAGCUAAUAGGAUAAAACCAGCUGAGACACGCAUGCUUGCCCGAGAGAGCAACAUUAGGUCACCGUCUGCAGCAACUAUCCCCUUCCCGCGGUGCCAGAGAUUAUUCCGAGCACGGAUCGAUCUAGCAAGCCACCUACGAGCUCACCGUAACCCACCCUCCCCCCUAACUGGAUGACUCGAUGGUCCUAGUCGACUUCGACGGACGAACAGCAACCAAAUGCACAAGAAAAACGGUUUUACUUUGGAUUACUGUGUUUGCCAAAGCAGAGCAUUCCCCCGUGACAUCUACAUUGGCCAAGUUCAGUGAAAUAGUGGAACAAAAUUGUAACACACUUCUACUCUGACAUGGCGUGGGAUGGUUAUUUCUUAUGCUGUGGGUUAUGUCAGUAGUAUGGUUACUUAUAUUAACACUUCAGGAUGCCGACUCAGUCUUCUUCAUUCUUUCACUUAUUAUUCAGGCACGUAAAGAAGAAUACUCAAUUCUAGUUAAAACUCACAGUACUUUAUUGAACACACUUUAUAUUGAUAAUAUUAAUAAAUAAUCCUUGCAUGAAUGUAAUUUCACAUAUAUAUCUAUAGUAUUCCAUCAUUAAGAAAGACACGUCCUCAGACUACUAUAACUCAGCUCAACUGUCUAAUCUCACAGCUCUCACGCUACUGACUGACUCUACUGCUCUGCGCUCAGCUCUCUACUAUCUCAGUCAACUCAUACUUUAUUACCAGCAAAGCGUGCAAAACAACCGCUCUGACAAAAACAUAAUUUUACUCUCCAAAAACGUGGAGUUCACAUUUGUUCUCAAAAAUACAAUCCACAUUGAUUGUCUCUCCCCGUGGAAAAACCUGGUGAACACACUCACUGUCCACUCAUGCUACCUCUCUGUUUACAUGUGAAAACAUAGUCCGUUACAAAAAUAUGUUCUGGUUUGAAAUAAAAAGACAGCAUAAAUGCCAGACGCGCAUAGAGAGAUCAUGAUAAAGAGAAAUACCUGGAUGAGAAAGAACUCCGUGAAUUGAGAAACAGGUAACAAAACAUUCUGGAUCAUAUUCGAGCCCUUUUUUGUUGUUUUUGUUUUUGUAUUAUAGGUUAAGAGAAUCAAAAACCUUGAGGAGCAGUACAAAGGAUGGCUUGAUACGACAACGGACAACUGCAAUCUUGGCAAGGACUGCGAGAUGCAACUCAACAAAACGUAUAUGAUCAGUUCGGGAGUGAAAGCGGAGAACAAGUUUGCGGUAAGUUGACCACUAAAUUAUUUUUCAAAAUGUUUUUUAAGUCAAGAAUUCAAGACAAAUCUACUUUAAAAAGUUAAUAAUGGAAGGGAUAGGUAAUUAUAGAUCUAUGUUUAUUUAUUGUUUGUUUAUUUGCAUGGGCAAAAUUUAGAGAAACUGGUGAAAUGAAGAACUUGUCUAACAAAGAAUUGAUAAAAUUUAAAAUUAAAUCAUACUAAGAACUGUCCCAAUACAAUAUUAGUCAUGUGAGCACUGAUCUACCAGAGAAAUUGUCCAAAAUAAGAUCUUAUCACGUCAUGAUCUCCUCAAGCUAAAAAAUAAGAUCUUAUCACGUCAUGAUCUCCUCAAGCUAAAAAAUAAGAUCUUAUCACGUUAUGAUCUCCUCAAGCUAAAAAAUAAGAUCUUAUCAUGUCAUGAUCUGCUCAAGCUAAAAAAUAAGAUCUUAUCAUGUCAUGAUCUGCUCAAGCUAAAAAAUAAGAUCUUAUCACGUCAUGAUCUGCUCAAGCUAAAAAAUAAGAUCUUAUCACGUCAUGAUCUGCUCAAGCUAAAAAAUAAGAUCUUAUCACGUCAUGAUCUGCUCAAGCUAAAAAAUAAGAUCUUAUCAUGUCAUGAUCUGCUCAAGCUAAAAAAUAAGAUCUUAUCAUGUCAUGAUCUGCUCAAGCUAAAAAAUAAGAUCUUAUCACGUCAUGAUCUGCUCAAGCUAAAAAAUAAGAUCUUAUCACGUCAUGAUCUGCUCAAGCUAAAAAAUAAGAUCUUAUCACGUCAUGAUCUGCUCAAGCUAAAAAAUAAGAUCUUAUCACGUCAUGAUCUGCUCAAGCUAAAAAAUAAGAUCUUAUCACGUCAUGAUCUGCUCAAGCUAAAAAAUAAGAUCUUAUCACGUCAUGAUCUGCUCAAGCUAAAAAAUAAGAUCUUAUCACGUCAUGAUCUGCUCAAGCUAAAAAAUAAGAUCUUAUCACGUCAUGAUCUGCUCAAGCUAAAAAAUAAGAUCUUAUCACGUCAUGAUCUGCUCAAGCUAAAAAAUAAGAUCUUAUCACGUCAUGAUCUGCUCAAGCUAAAAAAUAAGAUCUUAUCACGUCAUGAUCUGCUCAAGCUAAAAAAUAAGAUCUUAUCACGUCAUGAUCUGCUCAAGCUAAAAAAUAAGAUCUUAUCACGUCAUGAUCUGCUCAAGCUAAAAAAUAAGAUCUUAUCACGUCAUGAUCUGCUCAAGCUAAAAAAUAAGAUCUUAUCACGUCAUGAUCUGCUCAAGCUAAAAAAUAAGAUCUUAUCACGUCAUGAUCUGCUCAAGCUAAAAAAUAAGAUCUUAUCACGUCAUGAUCUGCUCAAGCUAAAAAAUAAGAUCUUAUCACGUCAUGAUCUGCUCAAGCUAAAAAAUAAGAUCUUAUCACGUCAUGAUCUGCUCAAGCUAAAAAAUAAGAUCUUAUCACGUCAUGAUCUGCUGAAAUAUAAGCAACGUCAAAAUUAUCAUAUAACAAGAAAAGACGUCUCUGAUUACAGGUGACUCACAAAUGAAAUCUGUAAAAUGAACUUAUUAAAUCUAGAAUAAAUCAAUAUGUUUUUUAGUCAAAGAAUUUUUUUAAGGCAGUUUUAUUUAACAGGCUGUCGGCAAGCUUCAGCCAAACUUCCUGCCGGCGGCCCGAACAAUUUGAAAAAAAAAUAACGGCCAAAAUCACCUUAGAAAAAAUCUGACAGAAAGGGUAUGUCGCGGUAUCUAGUCGUUCUUUUUAAAUCCACAUAAUUGCUGUUUCUGUUGCUGUCUUAAUGAUCGCAUAGCUUAUGAAUUUAAUGCAAUUUUUUACUAUUGACUAAAUUUUUUAAGAAGAGAAACUUGAGAUAUUCGCACAGCUGACGGCCGAACUAAAACUCAGUAUGAUGAUAAUUAAUUACUUAUAUAGCACUUGUUUUCGUGAUAGUUUAGCAUGCUCACGGCUAAAACAUCCUAAAAUGUCACAGCUAGGUGUCCAAUAAUCUAUUUAAAUGAAAAAGGCUUUUUCUUUUUUUCAAUUUCCUUCAAAGAACUGGCAAACUGUUUGAAAAGCUUUAAAAGAGCUCACUCCGUAUGAUUUCUUUCUGUGUUCAUUCGCACUGGGAAAUCUCAGUAAGGAAUGUAUUGAAUAUUGAAUAGCGCAGGUUCUGUAUGGAGACAUGUUUAGAAAUUAGUUUUUGAAGAUACACAUUUUCAGAGCCUUCUAUACAGCUAUACGCCAGGGACAUAAUUUUGUGGGCAAUGCGCUCACGCACAGGAAGUCAAUGGAGAUCUUUAAGACUUGGGUGAUAUGGUCAGAUUUCUGUAUACGCGAUACAAUGCGUGCUGCAUUAUUUUGUGCCUUCAGGAGUUUCUGAAUUCAGUUUUGAGGUAAACCCCACAGACAACUGUUACAGUAUCUGAUCUUGAUUGGAUUAGAGUGACAACUAGGGGCAUUGGCUGUCCUCUUAUUAAGUUUAGGAUACAGAUGACCCAGAGCGCGAAGAUGACAGAAACACGCUCUGAAUACAGAAAUGAUAUGAGGGAUCAUCGUACGGUUGCUGUCAGUGUAGAAUCCAAGGUCUCUCAACGUGUUGGACAAAAGGAUCUCAGAAUUGAGUCCAAUGUGCCAAAAAUUGAAUUUGUUGGAAUCUUAAAGUUGAUCAGUAUAAUGAAACAUAUUUAAUAAUGACAUUGACUAUUACUAAGCUAUUACGGUGAUACUUACUUAUCUAUGAAAGUAACAAAAACUUAGCUACGAAAGUGACUAUCGCUUAGCUUCUACAAUGACUAUUACUAGCUAUGAGAUUCACUUGGUCAGAAACCCAUUUGGAAUAGAACAAACCAUGGCGUUUCUCGAGCUCCAAUAUAAAAACGCUAAAGGAAUUCAUUCUAAAAAUAUUUUUUUUAAAAAGUUUGGAAAACGGUUGUCUAUAGUUUCAUUCUCUUAGUUGUUUUUACUGGUGAACCUAAUUUUUUCUAACAUAAUAAUAUAGAAACAAAAUUUAUAUGAAUAAUAAUGAAAUAAUUUCUUUAACAGACGACUAUCAAUUUGGUCUACACUCCUUCCGAGGUAGAUCUGAAAACUACGACAGGGUGGACCUAUAUUUCCUUCUUUCCAAGUCGAACUCAAUGGACCCAAGAGGAUCCCCUCCUAGCCAUGAUCGUUAACAUUCUCAACCUAAGACUCCGAUGGAAACGGAAAUUCAUUUACAAUAAAGGCAAUUAUAUGGACUUUACCACGUCGACUUUCAAGAAUAUAAAGACAACGUCUAUGAGAGCGAUGGGACAUUUCGGAUAUGCAUUUUCUCAUGAGUUGAAUGGCCACGUGCUGAAGAUUCCCUUUGAGAACGACCGCUUCGGCUUCUACAUCAUACAACCCACAACUGCCGACGGCUUGGAAAAACUAGAGGGUAAGCUCGCUAGACGUAGCUUACACCUGGAUCAAGUGUUAGAUUUGGUCGUGGCACGGAACGUUCUAGUCGAGCUGCCGUUGUUACGCAUCGGAGACGGAGUCGAGCUGGAAGAGCCACUGCAAAAACUGGGAAUAAACGCCGCCUUUUCCGAUGAUGCCGACUUCACAAAUGCCACGCCCAUGAAAUGUAACAUCGGCCAGGCGGUACAUGCACCUCUGAUAGAUCUCGGUUUAUCUUAUGUGACUAUCGGAACUCAAAUAUUUCUUAAUCAAUCUGAAGAGGCUGACGAGGUCACUUCAACCCCGAAGACCACACUCUCAGAAAAUGUCAAUGGUAAUGCCGAAAAUGAUACCAAUGAUGAUGUCAAAGAUGAUGUCAAAGGUGAUGUCGGAGAUGAUGAAAGCCCAAAGGACAGACGCUCAGCAAAUGUCGAAGACGAUGCAACCCUGAAGACCAGGCGCUCGGAAAAUGUCACAGGCAAUAACACCCCGAAGAACCAAGGCUCAGAAAAGGUCAUAGGCGAUAAAGCUGAAAAACUAGUCAGAGUCAAGGCAAGCCAUCCUUUCUUGUUCUUCGUCAGAGAUGAUCUCUAUGGUGUCCUCAUCAUACAAGGUCGGAUGUUGGAACCAGUGAACAAAAUUGAAUCGCCAUAGAACACAUGCGAUUACCGGUGAAAUAUGAAGCCCUUCAUAUGAAGGAUGACGAUACGUUGUAAACAUCCAUACAGCCUCAUCCAAGAAACGAUACUUUAUCGAAUAUUACAGCAAAAAAUCCUACUCAAUCACUUUUUAAAAAAAAAUGCUAAAGCAAGAAAUAAAUACUAUUCA